GCAGAUGAACAGAAGCAUUUUGACAGUGAGCGAGUGAUUUCCGAGAUGUAAAUAAAUAUCGGUAAAAUGUAGUAAAUCUGGGAUUAUUGUGCACAAGAUGGGGACACAGCGUGUCCUCUUUUAUUUUUAUGUGAUAUUUUGUGGGAUCGAGCUGGACUUGAUCGUGAAUUCAGAGAAGAUUCGAUUUGACUAUGUUCAACUUCUACAACAAAUCCCUCCUGACACCCCCCUACCUUACGAAAUCAUCUUCCCCAAACGAAUCCUGACCAAAGGCAAGACGGCAGGGAUAUCCACCAGAGAAUCUAAGAUAGGACAUCACGGGACGUACGAACACAUAGAACAAGUGACAUUUCAGCUCGUGGUCGACGAAGAAACUCACAAAAUAAAACUUCAGAGAAACAGUGCUCUUUUGUCCAAUGGCAUCAGUGUUAAACAUUACCUUACCAAGAAUCAACAGAUCAUUUCUAAG